GGCUUCUAAGAGAAAUCUUCGUAAAAAGGAUUUGUGUGCUACAAAAAAAGCAAAAAUUGAAAAGCCUAUUAGUUCAAUCACCAAUAAGGGCAAUUCCAUAUCUAAUAUUAUACUUAAUCAAGCUGAUAAAAGAGAAAAUAUUUUCUAUGAUCCUUUAAAAGUAUGUUAA